AUGCAAGUAAAGAAAAACAGUCAGACGGAGCCCAACUACGGGAUCACUGAACUGGAGUAUGCGGCGGUGGUGUGGGCUAUCAAGAUGUUCAGACCAUACCUAUACGGGCGGCGCUUCACCCUCGUCACCGACAAUUCGGCGCUCAAAUGGCUCAUGACCAGUCCCAACUUGACUGGCAAGCUGCACCGGUGGGCUUUGGUGUUGCAGGAGUACGAGUUCGAGGUCCAGUACAGACCGGGGAGUCAGAACGUGGUGGCGGACGCCUUGUCCAGGGCACCCGUGACAGCUUCCGUGCAAACGGCAGUGGAACGGCGACAGAGAGUGCGGCAGCGAAGAGCGGCACUUUCGGCGGCAGCCAGGGGGCAGAUGCGUCAGGCGCAGACCAGUGAUGAACGCGUCUAUAGUGAGUCGGUUAGUGAUAACAGGAGCGCUGCGGAAGACAACGGCGGGAUCACGAACGAGGAUGUGACCACAACGGGGACGACGACCAAGAGUGUCAACCGAGACGUCCCUGCUCACGACGAGGUAGCCGUCGCGGUGAGAGAUGCGAUGGACAGCAUGCUGGACGCUGUUGCGGUGAGUACAGCACCGGGAGAUGCGAGAGGAGCGAAGUCGGAAGACGUGAAGGACGAGAGCUCAGCGAUCCCGCGGACGAAUGGAGGGUCAACAGCAACAAAGCAGAAAGCAAUAGUUCCGGGACAGAAUCGGUCCCGCACGCGAAGACGCGGAACGGGUGCGGCGACGAUGCUGCAAGAGCGCCCUCUGACGCGAGCGUUAAAACGACGGGCAGCCGAGCAGCUACGACAGGAGGCGGACGAAUCGAGAGCAAGUACGGGGGAUGCGACUGCACAACCGAAAUCGGGGUCGAUAGGGGAGUCGAGGAUGAGGGUCGGGGAUGAUGCUAAUCUCAUGGCAGUGUCCACGGAGGUGCCGAAAACAAAGAAAACCGUGACAUGGGGUGAUGGUGUAGCCAUGGUCAAGUCACAAUCGAAGGCGAAGCCGACGGCAAUACCAGGAGAGGUCAUGGAACGGCAACGAGAACGCAAGGGUAAGGGUACUUCGGGUCCAAGUGAUGUAGGGGUGCAGAUGUCCCUUAGUCUCGAGGACAAGCGGCGUGAGGAGAGGCGCCAGGCGGGCGACGCACGAGGAGCCGACGCAGCACAGUGGUAG